AUGAUGUUGUCACGAGCCUUGUCGCGGAUUUUAAGAAUUACCAGGACGAAGAACGCUCUAGGCUGCCGCUCGCUUCUUUCGCACCGACUGGAUCCGCUGCCUAUCUCCGACGGCAGCUCCAGCACCCUUGGCGACUCUACUCAAAAGGUUUACAGUUGCAGAGAACAUUAUUCGUCAAGUACUCCUGCACGGCUUGGCUUUACGCAUCAAAUACAUCACCAGAGCACUUCCUUGGUUGAGGAACAACUUGAUCCUUUUUCACUUGUUGCUGAUGAGUUAUUGGUUCUUGCUAAUAAAUUGCGGCAAAUGGUAGUUGCUGAGGUUCCGAAGCUUGCCUCAGCAGCUGAAUACUUCUUUAAAAUUGGAGUGGAGGGGAAGAGGUUCCGUCCAACGGUCUUGUUGCUGAUGGCAACAGCUCUAAAUGUGCACAUACCUGAACCUAUACCUAAUGGCGGUCCCAUGGCUACAGAGCUACGUGCAAGACAACAACGUAUAGCAGAGAUCACAGAGAUGAUUCAUGUAGCAAGUCUUCUCCAUGAUGAUGUUUUGGAUGACGCGGACACAAGACGUGGUAUUAAAUCAUUAAACUUUGUUAUGGGCAACAAGGUAUCAGUUUUAGCUGGGGAUUUUCUACUUUCAAGAGCUUGUGUAGCACUAGCUUCCUUGCGGAACACUGAGGUCGUUUCACUACUGGCAACAGUUGUGGAGCAUCUUGUAACUGGCGAAACCAUGCAAAUGACUACUACCACUGAGCAACGUUGUAGCAUGGAGUACUAUUUGCAAAAGACGUAUUACAAGACUGCGUCUCUCAUUUCCAAUAGCUGUAAGGCAGUUGCACUUCUUGCUGGGCAAACUGCUGAAGUGGCAACACUGGCUUUUGAGUAUGGAAGAAAUCUGGGUUUGGCCUUUCAAUUGAUAGAUGACGUUCUUGAUUUCACUGGCACGUCUGCUUCACUUGGAAAAGGAUCAUUGUCAGACAUACGCCAUGGAAUAGUAACUGCUCCCAUACUGUUUGCCAUGGAGGAGUUUCCCCAGCUGCGUGCAAUUAUUGAUGAAGGAUUCGAGGAUCCCAAAAACGUGAACCUUGCACUUGAGUACCUUGGAAAGAGCCGUGGAAUACAGAGGACAAGAGAACUUGCUGCACAACAUGCUAACCUUGCUGCAGAAGCUAUCGAUUCUUUACCGGAAACUGAUGACGAGGAUGUGCGUAGGUCGAGGCGUGCUUUGAUAGACAUCACACAGAGAGUAAUCACCAGGAACAAGUAA